AUGCUGGCCUACAGCAGCUGGAAGAUGAAGGAGCUGGUGGGGAAACACAUCCAGGUCUACCAAGAGCUCUCCUCUGCUACUUAUUUCCCAGUGAUUCAGGCACCCAUUGGAGUAGACAGCACCUAUGAAGGUUGGAGUCAUCACGGGGAUGAUGCUGUCUACUGCCUGCUGGUGCCACUGAAACCCGGUCGUGGCCACUCCUUCCGCUUGAAAGAGAGCAUCACGGAGGAGAGGCCGAAGAGAACUUUCCAGGUGCGAGUGCAACUAAAGUGCACCUGCGCAACAGAAGAAGCGGCAGACACCACGCUGUGCUUCCUCCACCAUCCUGACAAGAGGCAGAGGAGGCAUUGGCGGGAACACUUCCUCAGCGUGCUCUGCACUGGCUCCUACCUCGAUGUGCACAAGACAGUCGCCUGGUUCCAGGAGUUUGUGAUGUCUGUCUGGGGGGUGAGGCCUAAGAUGCGUCGCUACCAUGUGAAGAUGCUGCCCUCCCUACGCUGCUGCAUGCUGCAGCUGACAGAUGGCCUCGGGAGAACCUUCCUCAUUGAACUGAUGUUUGGGCUGCAGCAAUGUGACUUGGACAUCUACCUGUGCAGCCGCAGCAGAGAGGUAGCCACCUGUCCCACAAGCACAACGUGGUUAGCGAGCAGUGCCGUGGCAGAGGUGAAGUUCUUCCAGCAUAUUGCCAGGCAGGUGCCACAAGGCAGCUACCACCUGAAAUGCCUACACAUCUUCACGCACAUUGUGGCCAUGGCUGCCAUGGUUGCCACAGACGUCCCGGCGUCUAUUUUGAAAUCACUCAUUCUGGGAGCAGAAAAUGUUGGUUGUGAGCUGGAUGGGGACACAGAGGUGCGGAUGAAGCAGCGUGAGGAGAUGCUGAGCCAGGAGAUGGCUCGGCUACUGAAAGAGGCCAUGGCUGCCAUGGUUGCCAUAGACAUCCUGGCAUCUAUUUUGAAAUCACUCAUUCUGGGAGCAGAAAAUGUUGGUUAUGAGCUGGAUGGGGACACAGAGGUGCGGAUGAAGCAGCGUGAGGAGAUGCUGAGCCAGGAGAUGGCUCGGCUGCUGAAAGAGGUGGAGGAACUGGAGCAGAUGAGCCAGGAGCAGGGCAAUGUUGCCUGGAGAGCGAUGCUCUUAGCUGCCUUGCAGCAGUGGCAGUUCUGGGCCAUUGCUGCUGUCCUUUUCCUGCUCUUGGUGCAGGAGCUGCCUUACAAGGGCUGGGUGGUGAAGGAGCUGGUGGAGGAACUCAUCCAGGUCUACCAAGAGCUCUCCUCUGCCACUUAUUUCCCAGUGAUGCAGCCAGCCAUUGGGGUAGGCAGCACCUAUGAAGGUUGGAGUCAUCAUGGGGAUGAUGCUGUCUACUGCCUGCUGGUGCCACUGAAACCCGGUCGUGGCCACUCCUUCCGCUUGAAAGAGAGCAUCACGGAGGAGAGGCCGAAGAGAACUUUCCAGGUGCGAGUGCAACUAAAGUGCACCUGCGCAACAGAAGAAGCGGCAGACACCACGCUGUGCUUCCUCCACCAUCCUGACAAGAGGCAGAGGAGGCAUUGGCGGGAACACUUCCUCAGCGUGCUCUGCACUGGCUCCUACCUCGAUGUGCACAAGACAGUCGCCUGGUUCCAGGAGUUUGUGAUGUCUGUCUGGGGGGUGAGGCCUAAGAUGCGUCGCUACCAUGUGAAGAUGCUGCCCUCCCUACGCUGCUGCAUGCUGCAGCUGACAGAUGGCCUCGGGAGAACCUUCCUCAUUGAACUGAUGUUUGGGCUGCAGCAAUGUGACUCGGACAUCUACCUGUGCAGCCGCAGCAGAGAGGUAGCCACCUGUCCCACAAGCACAACGUGGUUAGCGAGCAGUGCCGUGGCAGAGGUGAAGUUCUUCCAGCAUAUCGCCAGGCAGGUGCCACGAGGCAGCUACCACCUGAAAUGCCUGCGUGCCUGCACCCAAAUCCUGGCAGGCACAGGCUUUUCUACUUCUACCAUGAAGGUGAUUGUGAUGCAUCUCCUGACCACCACACCCUUGUCAGGCUGGUGCAGGAGGGAUUUCAUGCUGCGGCUCAAGGACAUCAUGCAGUACCUGCGCUGCUGCCUGGAAAAGAAACAUCUCCACCACUUCUUCAUUGGCAAUGACAACGUGCCUGAGGAGAUAAGCCUGCCCCCAGCCUACGAAAUGGCUGAGCCACUCAAUCUCUUCCAGGGGCUGGCACAGGAUCCAGCUGCCCACACCAAGGCACUCUCUGAGUUUGAGGACAUUUAUGAUGGGCUCUGA